GCAGCUGACAGAGAGCGGGGGGCGGGACCAGGCGCCGCUAGGCAGCACAGGAAUAAAAUGGCGGCCGUGGCUGCAGAGCCAGGAGCUGCAAUAAGAGAAGAAGAAGAACAGGGACCGGAUCUACCGAGAGAACCGGGACGGGGCCUGACGGGAGAACCGGCAGAACCGGGCCUGACCCCGCUGCUGGCACCCGGGCCGCAGCUUGAGCCCUGGAUGGAGGCUGGGGGGCAGCGUGUCGGGCCGGAGGCGGGAAGAGGCGAGGGAGAGGGAGAGAGACCCGGAGCAAACCGGGAGGACCGGCUCUGCUCGGUACCGGGGGACCCUCAGGGGGGAGGCUCCGAGCCCCGGGCCGUCUUCCUGCUCUCCUUCCCGGCCCCCCCUCCCGGUACGGAGGCCGGUCUGUCGCUAACGGAACCGGCAGAACCGACAACUAACGAGACCGGUACGGACCGAGCCGAGCCCGCAGACCGCGAUCAGGACCGGGACGGCGAUCAGGACUUGGAACGGGACUACACUCUGAGAGCCCCAGUGAAGCAGGAAUCCCCCUCCGCUGGUCUGAGUCCAGCUGAUCUGAUUGUUGCUGGUCUGAGUCCAGCUGAUCUGAGUCCUGCUGAUCUGAGUCCAGCUGAUCUGAGUCCUGGUUCUGAGGUCCGGGUCUCUCUGGAUCAUGUGAUCGAUGACGCGCUGGUGGUGUCCUUCCGGAGGGGGGAGCAGGUGUUCAGUGGGGUCCUGAUGGACGUGUCCCGCAGGUUCGGACCGUACGGGAUCCCCAUCACCGUGCUCCCCCGGAGAGACGACAGGGUUAGUCGCCCUCUGAUGAUAUCACUGCCUGAAGUGGAAGCAUCCACCAAACAGGAAGAGGUUUCACCCCCUCCCCCCCCCAAGUCCAAACUGCCGCCGCUGUUCCAGGAGGGGGCUCCGUACCCCCCCCCUCUGUUCCUCAGGGACACCUACAACCAGGCUUUACCUCAGCCCCUGCUGCGGAAGAUCCGCCGUCCCAAGAGGCGCUACCGCUGCGAGGAGCCCACCUCCAUCAUGAACGCCAUUAAGCUCCGCCCCCGCCAGGUGCUCUGCGACAAGUGCAAAGGUGUGGUGGGGGGGGGCAGGGAGUCCCGCAGGGGCCCUGUGGAGCUGAAGGAGGAGGCAUCGCGGCGGCGGAGAGCUGCUGAAGGACCUGUUUCUGCUGAGGUCAAACGGCUGAGAGGGGACGACAGACGGCCCCCUAACGACAGACGGCCCCCCUCAGGGAUCCACGUAUCGUCUUCAGCCCUCCCCACUUCCUCCCGGGUCCUGAGGGGCGGAGCCUCCGGCCGCCUGUGUUUGAACUCUAAGAAAGCCCCCCCCUCCAGGGGCCCGGCUGCUGACGUCUCCAAAGCCCGGCAGAACCUGAAGAAGGACCAGGACCAGGACCAGGAGCAGCCCUGCAGGAAGGCAGUGACCCGGGCCUCCUCCCUGCAGAACCAGAGGGUCCACUUCACCCGACGGCUGCAGAGCACUCCCCCCUCACUACCGCCCAGGAUGCGGCUCAAACCUCAAAGGUAUCGAACAGACGACCAGGUGCCCCCCCCCUCCCAGAACCAGCCCCCCCCUUCCCCCCCCAAACUGAUCUCUCGCUCCCCCCCCCACAAACCCAUUAUAAGCCCCACCCCCACGACUCCCCCUCCCUUCAGCACAGCUCCUCCCCUGGAGCCCCUGCUCUGUGAGGCCCUGUGUCCCCCCCGCUGCUCCUCCCCCCCCUCAGAGUGCAGCUCCACAGAGACCUUUGACCUCCCCCCCCCUGGACCCGCCUUGUUAGACCCGCUUUGCCCCGCCUCCUCGUCCCCUAAGGCCAAUGAGACACUAGCUGACGGUGAGGAUGAGGGGGGGGAUCUGAAGAGGAGGUGUAAGUCCUCUAUGUCCCCUCCCCCAGUGGAGGGUGAGGAAGAGGAGGGUGAGAUGAAAAGUAGGCAUAAGUCCUCCACAUCCCCUCCCCCGGUGGAGGGUGAGGAAGAGGAGGGUGAGAUGAAGAGGAGGCGUAAGUCGCCCCCCCCUCCCCCGGUGGAGGGUGAGGAAGAGGCGGGUGAGAUGAAGAGGAGGCAUAAGUCUUCCACGUCCCCUUCCCCGGUGGAGGGUGAGGAAGAGGAAGGUGAGAUGAAGAGGAGGCGUAAGUCGUCCACCUCUUCCUCCUCCUCCUCCUCCUCUUCCUCCCCCCCGGUGUUCUCUAAGCCCGUCUCGAAGGUGCUCCUCCCCGACGGGCGCUCGCUGUGUUUGGGCGACAUCGUGUGGGCGAAGAUCUCUGGGUUCCCCUGGUGGCCGGCGAGGGUACUGAGCAUCACGGUGUCUCGCCGCAGUGACACGGGGCUGGCUGUCCGUCAGGAGGCCAGGGUGUCGUGGUUCGGCUCCCCCACCACCUCCUUCCUCCCCCUCACCCAGCUGUCUCCCUUCCUGGAGAGCUUCCAGUGUCGCUUUGACAGGAAGAGGAAGGGUCCGUACCGCCGGGCCAUCGCUGAGGCCGCCAGCGCCGCCAAGCAGCUGACGCCCGAAGUCCGGGCGCUGCUCACUCAGUUCGAGACGUAGCAUCCCCCCCGACUCUAAACAACUACCCCCCCACACAACUACCCCCCCCACACAACUACCCCCCGACUCUAAAUAACUACCCCCCGACUCUAAACAACUAGCCACCUACACAAUAGGGCUGUCCCGAAUACCAUUUUUCGGGCGCCGGAUAUUCGGUAGUAAUCAGCAGCGAAUAUUCGGUGCGGAGAGAUUUAUUUAUUUUCCAAAAGGUUUCAUAACACGCUCCGAAUCCGAGACACCUGACGACACGCUGUUAAGCAGAAGCGCAGAAAGAGCAUACUAUUACGAUUUAUAUUUAUUUAUUGUCUCAGUACUCGCAUACAUUAAAACUAAAUGUGUCCUCUGCAUUUAACCCAGCCGCAGCGCGGGGAACAAAUCCGGUUCCAAAUUCCAUCUAUAACGUUUUACAACCUGAAGAUACAAAACACAUAUUUCUGUUAACAACAAUACUUUUAAAGAGACAACUACCCCUCGACAAGAAACACAACUACCCCUCGACAACAAACACAACUACCCCUCGACAAGAAACACAACUACCCCUCGACAACAAACUCAACUACCCCUCGACAACAAACACAACUACCCCUCGACAACAAACACAACUACCCCUCGACAACAAACACAACUACCCUCGACAACAAACACAACUACCCCCGACAACAAACACAACUACCCCUCGACAACAAACACAACUACCCCUCGACAACAAACACAACUACCCCUCGACAACAAACACAACUACCCCUCGACAACAAACACAACUACCCCUCGACAACAAACACAACUACCCCUCGACAACAAACACAACUACCCCUCGACAACAAACACAACUACCCCCCGACAACAAACACAACUACCCCCGACAACAAACACAACUACCCCCCGACAAGUAACACAACUACCCCCGACAAGUAACACAACUACCCCCGACAAGAAACACAACUACCCCCGACAACUACCCCCCGACAAGAAACACAACUACCCCCCGACAAGAAACACAACUACCCCCCUGUCACACUGCUUCCUGUUCAGUGGGCAGUGGGCGUGGCUUCUCGUGUGGGCGGGGCCUCCAUCUCAGGUGUCAGUCAGUGGCAGCGUUUAAAGAGGCACUGUCCAGGUGCAUCAUGGGAAACAAGGUCUGGUGUGUCAUGUGUUUAUUAUUAGUCCUGGAGGGGCAGCUGGUUGGCUGGCAGCACGAUGAUGUCAUACAUUUACAUAUGUAAUGAUAACACUAAUUAAGAUGGAGGGGUAUGUAAACAUUUAGAGAAUAAUGUGGACUGUUAAGGGGGGAUUACUCUCAAUGUGAGUCUUUACCUUAUUGCUGCGUUCUGAUUGGACGCUGCACGGUGUGAAACGCUGUCACUUCUGUUUCUCUUCCUGAAAGUUAAACUGUGAUAAACGGUAAACGUGUUGUUCAAGCUGAGGCCGGGGGGCCCUCAGGGGCCGCACAGGUAGGCCUUACUGAGCGUUAGAGGCUGAUGAAGACGAGGAGGACAAUGGUUUCCUGUCUGUUUGCAGAUCAGAGACACUGUGGGACAGACGGAGACGUUGUACUUGAUUAAAGCCGCUGUAUGUUUUUCUGAUGUUUUAAAUCUAUUAAAAACUGUCAAAAUCAA